AUGUCUGAUCAUGAUGCUGACAAGCCAAUUUUAAUGACCGUGCAGUUGCCGAAACGCUCAGAAAACCAGCAACAUGGUGACGGAGCAAAACAAUCUUGUGUUGAGUUAAUGGAAGACAUUGUGCUUUCGUCGUUGAUGGCACAGCAGUCCACAGCUAAUACUGAUGACAACAUCCACUCUGACCAAACUACAAUAGGCUCUGUUGAGCUUACCCACAUUCGAAACAAAAGAACCAAAAACAGCCAAGUAGUAGGCACUACUACAGUGGCUGCCCAUGAAAGCGUGUUUGCUUCGGGUCUGUUCGAGCAGCUGUUCGAGCUACCAGAACCUAUUCCAAUGUUAACAAGGACCCCACAACAAAGGAGUAGCCCAGGGGCAUUUCACAUGGAUGGUUUCCCAACCGAUCAUCAGAACGCCACAAGCAAUGAAGUCCUUUCAGAGAACCAGCCGAGCGAAGCUGGUGGCAUUCCCAGCAAUCUUCCUGUUGCCAGUGGCGUCGAUGUGCAGGUCUCAGAUCCAUUGCCCCAUGCGGAAUUGUUUUUCCCGAGAAGUAAACAUUACUGGCGACAACGAUUGUGUCUUGGGUUUUCAGUGGAGCUCACUGUGGUUCUGCUAGGAAUUUCUAUAUUUCUUAUGGUUUUCCUGAUCAGUACAGAUGGAGAAGUCAAUACCACCGCUGACUCAAGGCAAAACAUUAAUGGUGGAGCUAUCCGUAUUCCUUCUGCAGCUCCAGGUUCAACCCAAGCACCAACUCCAUUUUUGGACACACUCAAUCUACCUGACUACACCAUGGAUGCCAUCAUGGAACACCCAAGGUCCCCUCAGUCCAAUGCUUAUCAGUGGCUAGUCACCAACAAAACUAAUCUUGCAACAUAUCCAAAAUGGAGAAUGACCCAAAGAUUUGCUUUGGCUACCUUUUUCUUUGCCACCAGGGGAGACUUUUGGGUGAAUCAUCAUGGCUGGUUAGACCGGGAAGUUCAUGAGUGCAACUGGGAACAGCAAUCAUAUAAUCCCGACCACAUGCAAUGUGAUGAUUCUGGGCAUAUAAAAGGUUUGUCCUUUUUUGGAAACAAGCUAGAUGGAACGAUUCCACCAGAGCUAUCCCUUUUGAGUGAAGAUUUGGAGCUUCUGGAAGUGCCAGGGAACUUGGAAUUGAAAGGGCAGAUCCCAACUGAAAUUGGAUUACUAACAAAGCUGACAGAGCUGCAAACUUUCAAUACUGAACUUUCGGGGGAAAUUCCUACAGAGCUGGGUCUCCUGUCAGAUUUGAGGGAGCUUGGCCUUGGGGGCACCGGAAUAUGCGGAACUGUUCCCACGGAACUGGGAAAUUUAGGUUGCCUUACAAGCUUAUUCAUGGUCAUGACCCAGGUGACAGGAACAGUACCUUCAGAGUUCUUCCAACUAACAAACUUGACAGAGUUUGGAAUACGUGAUUGCCCUGGACUAGUCUCAGACAAACUUCUGCCCAAAGUUGUGCAAAGCUUUCCCCAACUUGAGUGGCUCAUGCUAACCAACACGGCUGAUGAUGUCGAUGCCCGAAUACCCACUGAAAUUGCAAGGCUCUCCAAUCUUAUGAUGUUGCACCUUGAAGAGUGGAACCUUAGAGGGUUGAUUCCAAGCCAACUGGGGCAAAUGACACAGCUUAAAACUCUAACACUAGGGGAGAAUUCGCUUUCAGGACGCCUGCCACCCGAAUUAUCAGAGCUAAGAAACUUGACUUGGCUAGACAUGAGUUCCAACCAGCUAGAGGACAAGCUCCAGGCAGGAUUGUUUUCAAGCCUGACUUCAUUGCAUGGGCUAAUCAUGAAUCGGAAUAGAUUCAUUGGCACAAUGGCAAGUGAGAUUGGUCUCAUGUCCAACCUUGUAGAGUUGCAACUGCAUGACACAGGCUUGUCUGGAACUCUACCCACAGAGCUCUUUGUCUUGACCAAGUUGACAACCUUAAUGGUCACCAAUACAUCCUUGUCUGGGAGCAUACCUGAUGAGCUGUGUGACAUGAUGCGUGGCUAUGAAAGGGAAUGCCAUGAAGGUCAUGGCUGCACUGGCAAAAUCACCCAGACGAAUGUGUGCCAAGGCACCUUACUUUGUGGAUGCAACUGUGGCCCAUCUUCCAAUGCUCGAGAAGAAGGCUGA